UCUCGGUACUGUUGACGAAAACCCUCGUGGGUGCUUCUCGACGAGUGUAUUCGACGUGUUUGGGUACGAGAGAGCAAUUUUCUUUGCUCCCAAAGAUCCAGACUUUUGUUUGGACCCUUGACACUGCUUACUGGUUUGUUUAUUGUGACGGUUACAGUUGUUGCUGCGCAAGCCACGAGCGUGUGUCUUUCGCACUCCUUCCGUUGAGAUUUGGCAGAUUGUAGAGAAUGGAACGUGUAACUUCCAAUGCAUCCCAAGCACCUUCGGUGCAGAGCGAUGGGAGUCAAACAGGCGGAGCUUGGGGGACGAUGGGUGGCGGUCCCGGAGACGGGUUCCAGUCCGGACCUGGCGGUUCCGUCCAACCCAAUCCCAACAACAGCACUACUACUAGCACUGCGUUCGCAUCGUCCCAACCCUCCCCCGAAACCCCGGCUCCGUAUUCCCCCUAUCCUCCCGGUUCCGGGAGCGUCACCCGCUUUGCGCCAUCCUCCACGCUUUCACCCUACCCCACACAAGCAACGCCGUACUACGGGGGUGCACCCACGACACCCGCACUCUAUCCCGACACGCCCAUGGCGGCGUCGUCGUACGCGGCUCGUUCGGCACACGCCUACGGGACCGCAUCCUCGCAGUCUCUUCCGCAAUCCCAAGCACCGCCUCCACCGCAAGGAGCGGCAUCUUCCUACGCGUCGCGUUCCGCACAAGCGCACGCAUCCCGAGACGGGUCGGUGUCCAUCCACACCGGACAGUCCCACGCCUAUUCCGGAGCCCCCGUGCGGAAUAUCCCACCUCUGGUGGGUGGAUCGUACGCGUCACGAUCCGCCCACGCGUACCAGUCGCAGCCACAGCCAUCCGCAGCGUACGGUCCCUCCACCUCAUCCCCGUCACCCCCGUCCGGUGGACUACCAGGAACGUACGCCAGAGGUAAUCCGCCGAUGAAUGUAACGGGAGGGACGUACGGGUCAUACGCACCGCAACAGCCACAAAUAUCAAAUCCGCAACCGCAGCCCAACGACGGUGCACAAUCCAACUACAAUACCGCUGCACAGCCCAACAGUACCCUACCACCACCAACAACUCAAAAUCCACCGCCCGGUAGUACCACGAGUGUCCACAGCAGAAGUCACGUUAACAACAACAACAACAGCGCCCCCAUUACUCCGCAGGCACAGGCCGCUCAGCAGCGCAUGCUCACCGACGCAUCGCGCAAGGUCCAGGAACACGCCUACUAUAUGCGCCAAGCCAUGGACGAACGUAAUCUACCCGUUGCGUUGGAUCGGGCCGCUCACAUGGUGGGAGAAUUGGGGGGACCUCCGCACGGACAUCACCACACGACCCAUACGGCGACCGGUCCCACCAAUACGGGUUUGUCCGCAUCGCUCACGCCCAAGAAUUACUACGAACUCUACAUGAGGGCCCUGGAAGAAAUGCCGGCCUUGGAAGACUAUUUGCUGAAUUUGACCAAUCCAACAAUGUACAACACCGAGCCAACGAUUGAAAUCGUUGCGUCGCCGCAGCAUCUGCGUCGCGCACCCUAUACCAUGACGGAACUCUAUGAUUGCGUUCAAUACUGUCCCCGGGUCGUCUCGCGCUUGUAUUUGCAAAUUACCGCCGGAUCGGCUUGGAUUCGGUCGGGAGGCGACGCGGACGUGUGCUGGGUGCUGAACGACCUCGUUCAAGCCGUCAAGUGCGAACAGAAUCCCACGCGAGGCUUGUUCUUACGACACUAUCUCUUGACCGCUCUCAAAGACAAACUACCCGAUACACCCGCGCCCCACCACCCGUCGACCCCCCAUCUGGAAACAAUUGUUUCCGAAGAAGAAUUGGCGGACGACGAAACCAAGAGCCAUGACGACAACGACAAUCUUGACGUCGGUCAAACCGCCGCGCCGGUUCCCGUCGGCACCGUCAAGGAUUCGUACGAAUUCAUUCUCAAUAAUUUCAUGGAAAUGAACAAGCUUUGGGUGCGUAUGCAGCAUUUGCCGGGGGAUGGACGGAGUAAGGAAGUCCGUCGUCGUCGAGCUCGUGAACGCAACGAACUGAGAGUGCUGGUGGGGACCAAUUUGGUCCGUCUUUCGCAACUCGAACACGUCACGUCCAAAAUUUACGGAGAAGUCAUUCUGUCGCAGAUUCUGGAACAUAUUGUCACGACCGGGGAACCCUUAUCGCAAGCCUACUUGAUGGAUUGUUUGGUCCAGGCCUUUCCGGAUGAAUACCACAUCGAGACCUUGCCGAUUUUGUUGAAUGUCUGUCCGCGAUUACGGGACAAGGUAAACAUUCGCACAAUUUUGCAAGGGCUCAUGGAUCGGCUGGCGAAUUACUUGGCGGAAGAAGAGUUGCUCGACGAGAGUGAUACGAAUCAAGUCAAAAAGGCACUGGCUCGUGAUUCUUUCCGACUUUUUGAAGACUGUGUCCAGAAAGUCUACAAUGCGCGCGGACCCAAACUGACCUCCCGCGAAGUAAUCCGUUUACAAUCCGCGCUCUUGCAGUUUUCUCUCAAGUGCUACCCCGGUAACUUAGACCAAGUCAGCACCUGUUUGGGACUCUGCUCAUCAGCUCUGCGCCAAGCCAACGCGUCGUACGAUCCUAGCGACGCUACCAGGGCAAGCAUCAUCCGACCUCUGGACGAUGUGUCGGUGGCCGAGCUGGAAAAACUUUUGUCCAUUCCACUCGAUUCGUUGGCGUUGAAAGUAUUGCAGCUCGAGCAUUUUAAUGGGUUAAUUCGGUUCUUGCCCUGGACGAGCCGCCGGCAAGUGGCCAUCAAAAUGCUAGAAGCUGUCGACAAGGCGGGUGCGCCUCCUACAAAUCUGGACGAGAUUGAAGAGCUGUUUAGCGUGAUUGAGCCAGUAAUUCGCAAUCCCAACAAUACAGCAUCGGGGAUAAGUAGACCACAGCCGCAGCCGACUCACAUGGCAAAUACAGCCAGUCUCAUGGCCGGAUUGGGGGUCACUCAGACUGACGCUCCAUCGUUCAGCCAGUCUUCCUUUAACGACAAUGAUCAUUCGUCAGCGGCGGCACCGUCCCCGGAAUUGGCACGCGAGGAUGCUCUGGUUGCUAAACUUAUCCAUCUUUUGGAUCACGAAGAUACUGAUGUGAUAUUUGCCAUGCUCAAAAUUGCUCGUGAGCAUAUCAAUCUGGGUGGGACUAAACGCGCAAGUCGAACGUUGGUAGCCGUUGUAUUUGCUUGUUGUCGACUUGGCCGCCGGAUUUUUGACACGGAAAAUAGCAACGAUGAGAGCCUGCCGAUAGAAUAUAAGGAAGACGGCAGCACUGCUAUGGCGAAAGACGGCAGCGGCGACGAUGAUAUUCCAAAGGAGCAGCACGAAUGCAACGAUAGUGAUGGUCCGAAAGAGAAUAAUGAUGAUGACAGAGACGACAGUCCCAGAGAAAAAGACAUCGAAAACAAAGACGACAGCAUAUCAGAAAGUAAGAAAGUGGAUAUUCCGCAAAAGACAGCAGAAACUGAGUCCGAAACGAAAUCUAUGUCGGAAACGAAAUCUAUGUCGAAAACGAAAGCGACCAGCUCCCGAAAUGUAUUCGUGUUCAUCCAAGACACGCUGUCUAUGAUAGGAAGGGCCAACGCGGAGGUUGGCAUCAAGCUCUAUUUAGAAGUAUCGCUUAUUGCUGAUUUGCUGGCAAAGCGAUCAUCGGAAUUCUCCGCAAUCUCUUACGAGCUCAUGACACAAGCAUUUGCCUUAUACGAAGAAUCAGUAUCAGACUCAAAGGUACAGUACCGUUGUGUAUCACGAAUGAUUGGUACCUUGCUCUCCGUGGUGUCGCUUAGCAAAGAGGAUUACGAAGGGCUGAUCACAAAAACGGCACAAUUUUCAGCAAAGCUAUUGAAGAAAGCGGAUCAAUGCGAGCUAGUGGCACAAUGCGCUUACUUGUUUUACCCAGUGGAUGCGAGUAACAAUGCUUCCAAGUACUCCAACCCGCAGCGUGCUUUAGAAUGUUUGCAGCGAUCUUUGAAACUAGCUGAUGCGUGUACUUCCGCCAAUGCUGGGAACGUCGGUUUGUUCGUCGAUCUUUUGGAGCACUACGUAUUCUUCUUUGAGAAAAAAAAUCCUGUGAUUUCGCAUUCAUACAUAACGGGACUCGUGUCACUUAUCAAAGAGCACUUCAAUACUUUAUCCGACGAUUCUGGCGUCGCACAAGCCAAAACACAUUUCGCUGAGCUUGUUCGCUAUAUCAAAGCGAAGAAAUCCAACGAUUCCUCUUCGGAGCUGUUCUCACCUGUCCAGUUGGAGAUUGCGCAUAGUAGCAUGGAAGAGUUAGGCGCGAGCCUUCGGGGAUUAGUGGACUGCUUCAUAAAAAAAGGAAGUAUGAUUCAUCCAGCUAACGCUAUAUUGGCUGCUUUGCUGGGUUAUCUGGUCAAAGGGAGCAACGCCGAGUCGCACUACACCUUGAAGUACCGACAAUCGAAACCAGGAGGGAAUGCUGUGCGCAGGGCUACCAAACUUCGAGGAAUGAGGCACUUGAGCAUCAACAAAGGACGCACUCUUGCCAUAUUGAAAGAUAGAACACAGGCUUUGGCACCUAGAGGAGGAGAAAAGGGUCGCAACUUCCGUUCUGGUGCCAAUGGUAUCAGUGGUAGAACCAAAAGCAAUGGUCCAGCUUUCAGCGAAUGGCCUGUAGACGACGAUCCGCUUAUUCCAGAACCUGAAGUCACAAUGACGGGCGAGGAUCGUCCCAGUUCAGACGAUGGGCUAGUGAUCACAGGAGACGAUGUCAUCUCACCAACCCCAGCACCAAAACCUGAAAGCUCUCCCAGCAACGAAGGUGUGAACGUGAGUGGCCCCACGCCCAGUGAUGGCGGCAUUUCGCCUACCAAUGCCGGUGAAAACUCUCCAAGCAAUGAAAGCGUAAACGUGAGCGGCCCCACACCCAGCGGUGGCGGCUCUACUCCUACGAAUGCCGAUGAAAACUCUCCUAGUAACGAUGGCAUAAACGUGAGCGGCCUUGCGCCCAGCGGCGGUUCUGCUCCAACGAAUGCCGAUGAAAACUCUCCCAGUAACGACGGGAUAAACGUGAGCGGCCUUGCACCCAGCGAUCGCGUCUCUACACCUACGAAUACCGGCGAAAACUCUCCCAGCAACGACAACAUCAACGUGUCUGGUGUAUUGACGCCUCUAGACGACGACGAAAACUCUAUCAGCAACGAUGAUAUCAAUGCAAAUGUCCCUCAAGACGACGAGGUCGACUAUUCUCCCAGCAAUGAGGGAAUGGGCAUUGAUCGCAGCGGCUUUCCCGCUGGUGGCGGCGGCAUUGCGGGCAUUCCACCUUUGGAAGGUAUGGAGUCCGAAUUCGGCGACGAUGUCUUUAACCCUCCAACGAAUGAAGACUAUGUACGCGCCGGAAACGUCUAA